UGACCUCAGGGGAGUCUCGGGGGGGAUGGUCCAUGACCCCUUGACCUCUCCCCCUUUGUCCUCCCCUUCCUCCCCCAGGCGCGGCGAGUGGUCCCGCCCCGAGACGUGUCCCCCCGGGCAGCGCCUCCUCUCCUUCCGCCUGCGCGUGGAGGCCCCGCGCGGCAUCUGGGACGACACGGCCGCCAACGCCAUGGCCGCCAUCUGCUCGGGGGGGUCCCUCCUGGAGGGCAGGGGGGGUCCCCUGGGCUCCUGGGGCAACUGGAGCCUCCCCUGCCCCCCCCACGGGGGGGUCUGCGGGCUCCGGACCCGAGUGGAGCCCCCCCAGCGCGCCGGCGACGACACCGGGCUCAACGAUGUUGACCUCUACUGCUGCCAGUGAGGGGGAACCUCCCCCAAAACUCGGGGGAACUUUCCCCCCCCAGGACCCC